AUGGGUAACCAGGCCUCCAAAGAAGGCAACGGUUCCUCCACGGGCAAGGGCUCCGGCUCUGAUGGCCCUCUACAGUCUUAUCCCUCCAUGAGCAGGUCCGAUACCAAGGAAUCGUCUCGAUCCUUCCGCUCGCUCCGAUCCAAGAUUCCGGGCAGCAGCAGCAGCAAGUCGGUAAACAACACCGACAGCCCCAGGAAUUCCGCUUUGCUUCCCAACGGCGAGUCCAAUAGCGAAAAGGCGCUUGAUGCUGCGUCAGUUCGGUCCGGCCGCAGCGGUCGUUCCAGCGCUUCUAGAAACAGCCGCGGCGACCUGCCCAGCUUGAAGCACAACUCUACAGAUUUGUCGUCGGCUGACCCGGCCAUCUUUGAGCAUCAGCCGCCCCCGUCUCCCGUAUUGUCGAGCGCAAAGGGCGCUGCUCACGACGUCGCUGCCGCUCAGGCCUCGGGCGAAGUCGACCAUGUAUCCGACCAGCCUCCCACUGCAAGCAACGCCAGUGCCACUGCGCACAUGCUAUCACCGGGGCAGCCGAUUCUAGUGAAGCGAGACAGCACGGUCAACAACAUUCAGAACUCACCUUCCAUGGACUCUACGACCAAGGUUGAAUCUAACGGCAACAUGGCCAUGUCGGAGAUUAAGGAUAUGGACCUUGACGACUACAUUAAGCGGCUUCUGGACGCAGGCUACGCCGGCAAGGUGACCAAGAGCGCGUGUCUGAAGAAUGCAGAAAUUGUGGCCAUUUGCCAGCGGGCUCGGGAAGUUUUUCUUUCGCAACCAGCAUUACUGGAACUCGAUGCGCCGGUCAAGAUUGUUGGAGAUGUCCACGGCCAAUAUACGGAUCUCAUCCGCAUGUUUGAAAUGUGUGGCUUUCCGCCCAUGGCAAACUACCUCUUCCUGGGAGACUACGUCGACCGCGGCAAGAUGUCACUAGAGACCAUCCUGCUGCUGCUCUGCUACAAGCUCAAGUUCCCCGAAAACUUCUUUUUGCUCCGCGGAAACCACGAGUGCGCCAAUGUGACACGAGUGUAUGGGUUCUAUGAUGAGUGUAAACGGCGGUGCAAUGUCAAGAUUUGGAAGACCUUUAUCGACUGCUUCAACACGCUGCCCAUCGCGGCCAUUGUAGCGGGCAAAAUUUUCUGCGUGCAUGGUGGGCUUUCACCCGCUCUCAGUCACAUGGACGACAUUCGAAAUAUUGCUCGGCCGACCGAUGUUCCCGACUACGGCUUGCUCAACGAUUUGCUGUGGUCUGACCCCGCAGACAUGGAACAGGAUUGGGAAGCAAAUGAGAGAGGCGUGAGUUAUUGUUUCGGCAAACGAGUCAUUACUGAGUUUUUGGCCGUACACGAUUUUGACCUCAUAUGCCGAGCACACAUGGUUGUUGAAGACGGCUAUGAAUUUUUCAAUGACAGGGUCUUGGUUACCGUGUUUAGCGCGCCAAAUUACUGUGGUGAAUUUGAUAAUUGGGGAGCAGUCAUGUCUGUAUCUUCUGAGCUACUUUGCAGUUUUGAGCUCCUGAAACCGCUGGAUUCAAGCGCUCUCAAGAGCCACAUCAAAAAGGGACGUAACAAGCGACAGCAGAUGCUCAACAGUCCUCCCGCCAGCGUACAGCCUCAAAGUGUGUAG